UGUUCAAACCGGUACUAACUCCAAAUUAUUUAUAAAUAACUAUAACUUUUUACAUAAUUACAAUCAUUAAUCAGCUGCCGACCCGGGACCCGAGAUUUGGAAACAAUGGCUUAUCAGUUAUCUAUUCGCUAGGUUAUGGCUUACUAAUAACGUUACAAUAUUAAACUGGACCUUGGCCGGUGAUAAGGGCGGCAUCAGACGGCGGCCGGGGCCUGUCGUGGGCCAUUCGACAUUCGAAAGCUGCGCGAACGCACGCGCGGUGGUGACUAGUGCAGUGAAUAAAAUACGAGUGUCAAAUCGGUUGUUUUGGAAUUUGGAAAUUACAGAAAUUUCAGCCAAUCACAUCACUCACUAGCCGUCCCACGCAUGCGCCCUGUCCUGCCAUGGAGGGGUCCCGCAAGGCUGGCUGGCGCGCCGCAUUGCUUGAAGAGCUAUACGCGACCUGCGCCUUCUGUGUCGCCGUGGCUGCGCUGCCGGCCCUCGCUGCGUCUUACUUAGUGGUCCGCAUCAGCAAGAACCUCUGGCUGCGACUGCUGUCGAGCCGCUACCCUCAGCUGCAGUUUAUCAGAACAGACACAGUGCGGUCACUGUUGGACACCCACAGGAACCAGGGCAUCAUCAAUGUACUGCUGUGUGUUAGAGGCCCACUAAACGUAGACGAAGUGAAGCAGCACAUAACCGACCAUGUCCUCGACCGUCGCGACAACCACGGCGGCGCCAUGUUCCCGCGCAUGCGCCACGCGCUGGUCUCGUGCUGGGGGAACUACGCGUGGGACCAGCGAGUGCCCUUCAACGUGGACAACCACGUGCUGGUGGCCGGCGCCGUGCACAGGGGCCGCCCGGUGGCCGACACUAAUGUGCAGGAUUACGUCAGCGAAAUCGUGUCCAAAUACUUCCCGACGGACCAGUCGCCGUGGCAGUACAUCAUCAUCCCAUACCAGUCCACGGAACCCAAGUACUACAUCCUCGUCAGAGUCCAUCAUCUCCUGAUGACUGGCAAGAAGUCUAUCAACAUCGGGGACUUACUACUCGUUGAACAAAAGAAGACUUCACAAAUGAUAAUGCAUAAUCAAGAGUUACAUCAACAAAGCCCGCUUAUAAAACUCUUUCCGACACCUUCCGCGAUACCAGAACUCUUCGAGAAGAUAAACGAAAUGAUGUCCAACGCUUGGAAUGAGUUUGUGUCUGAAUACGAUCCAGUUGAAAGUCCUAGAGCGCUGAAAACCCUUCCUGGAGUGUUCCACAUAGCUGGGUUAGUGCUUAUGUCUACAGUUAGUGCGCUAAGAGAGUUGACUAAGAAGAGGUAUAAUGGGAAGGACUCAAUGAGUGAGUUCACGCCCACUGCGCUGUUGGCGGGUAUUCAACGCGAGUGCUAUCGCAGGAAUCUAACAAUCCCUAAGUUAGUCAUAUCGCCACUCGUGACGAUCGACCCGCGCAAAUGGCCGCGAGCCAUCAUCAGCACCACCUACACCACCCUACGAACCAUCUUGCGCCUUCCUCUAACCAUUCGGGAGGAAAUCCUGGCUUUACGCGACUUGAACAAGUCCGGACAAGUUUACUACACGAAUACUUACACGUGGAAGUAUGCAGGGUUAGCUCAGUUGGCAGUGAGGGCAGGGUCAGAAGCGUGGAGAGGGAUGGUAGCGGCGUAUAGGGCGCCGGCAAAAUUGUGGACUGAUACUAUAAGGUCGGAUGACGGGCAGAGACAUGCGUUGCAGACUGUUUCGCUGUGCGGACGAAAGGUGGCCGCAUGGUCCAAACCCGUGUCCCGAGCGGGCAUAGACCGCGCGGCCCGAGCUCUAGGGGUGUCAUCCACAGACUUAUCACUAUUCGCUGCCACUGAGGGACUCCGGGCUUACUUCGAACAAACCCACAAUACUCCGCCAGAGGUCGUGUUGACUACGGCUAGGGCUGCCACUGAAGACUUUCUGUUUACCUUUGCUGAGGGUGAUGGGAAGAAGAUUAAGAAGUCGCAGACUGGGGGCAUGGUGUGCCUGACGCUGCCGGUGGGAGCGAGCCCGCGCCGCAUCGCCGCCGUCGUGCAGUCUGCGUGCCAGCGACAGGGCGCCCUAGCGGCGGCGUGGACGGCGCAAGCGCGGUACGGCACUCUCACUAGAGCAGUGCCGUCGCCGCUCGCCAGACUCACGCUCAACCUACUGUCUCGGAGAUACGCGGUAUCCUACGCUGAGAUCUUAGCGCCGGCGGCGACGCGGGCGCGCGCCAUGCAGUGGGGGCAGGCGCUCGAUCAUGUGCUGUACUGGAGGCCGCCGCAGGCUAAUAUCAGUAUGUCGCUAACCGUGAUCCAAUACGCGGACACGGUCCGUAUCGCCGUCAUGACGGACUCUCGCCUCGCGCCGGGACACACGAUCCCGGCCACACGCUGGGCCACCGCCCUCGAUCAGCUCAUCAAUAAAGUCGACCAGGAAAUAGCCCGGAUAUCCGCCCAGUCCAUACCCGCCAUUGUUGAAACUACGGCAGAGGCUACAGCUACAGAAACGGUUGAAGAAGAAGUGAAGGAUGAGAGCAAAAGUAUGCUGCAACCGCCCGCAGUAGAAGCCGUCAGUCCACCACCGGCAAGACGGCGUAUAGCAUGAUUGAAAUGGCCGUUUUGUGCUGGAUUUGAAUUAAGAACGGCAUUCGAUUGGAUGUUGCUUGACGUUUUUGAAUCGGGGUCGGAAUGGUUUAAGACAAGGCUCAAUGUUAGAGUCCCUACUCUUUUAGUUGUUAUUGUUAGUGGCUCAUAGGGUAAACGAAUGUUGAUAAAUUUGGGCCAUAACCUAGAAGAUAAUGCAAAAUAAUAGACUGCAACCGUUGUGUUAGUACAUACUCUAUCGAAUUUACUUACGUAAUAAGUAAGUGUUAGUUUGUAAUUUGUAUUUAUACUUUGCUCAUACCAAAGACAUUUUUAAUAAUAAAAGGAUUUAAAUUA